AUGCGCAGCAUGGAGGCGGGUGACUUUGAGAUCGCCGAGUGCGAGCUCUUCACGGCACGUGAUGACGUGGACGACCUCAGGGCGCACCCCAACCUGCUCUCCGAGCACAUGCUCAUCUGCCUCCUGCAGAUCUACCGCCGCCAUGCCUUUGGCGCCGUCACAUCGCCCGACCGCUUUGCCACCACACCACGCGCCGCCACCUUCGGCGCCUCCACGCAGCCCCUCUCCUUCCCCGACCCGCCCCUGCCCCGCCCCCCUCACCAACCCCCCUCACGGCGCCGCAACUUCUUCCGCAGCCGCAGCGCCGCCAACCCCUCCUCGCACUCCUCGCACUCCCCUCGCUCCUCCCCGCGCCGCCACAAGCGCACAGCAGCGGGCGGUGCGCAGGAGUACGGCAGCGACGAGGACGCGGCGGGGCGGCCAUACCCGCAGGCAUAUGGCGGCGUGGCGGUGGGCGGCGCGCCGUGGGAGGAUGGUGUCAGCAGCACGGACGGCGAGAGCCCCUCGGGGUUCAGGAGCGGGCGGUAUGGGUGGGAUGAUGGGGACGGGCGAGGGGGGCAGUGGCAGGCGAGGCAUGGGCGGGGGAGGGGCAGGCGGGGGGGAGGGAGCAUGGAGGAGGCGACGCUGACGGAGGUGUCGGAGUGGGAGGAGGUGGGCGACGACGACACGGACGUGGACCUGCGCCACCUCCGCGCCUCCGAGCUGGACCUGCUCGGCCCGCCCUCCGCCUCGCCGCUGCGCCCGCGCCUGCGCCCGCGCACGCCCACCACGCUCUGGCUGCGCCACCGCCACCGCCACCACCGCUCGUCCGGAGGGGGGAGCGGGUGGGGGGCGGGCGGGCAGCAGCAGGGGAGAGGCGGCGAUGUGGCAUCGCCGUACAGCAGUGGGAGGAGAGGGGGCGGGGGGCACGGGGAGUUCCCGAACCCCAGCACGCCCAGCAGUGGCAGCGCUGCAGCCGGCGCCCUGCGGCUGGGGAGAACCACGUCCACGCGCGUGGUCACUGCUGUCGCCCGCGUGCUGCCCCCCCCUGCUCCCCCCGCCCCCGCUGCCACUCCCCCCGCUGCUGGCGCUGGGGGGCCCGGGGCAGGGGCGAAGGGGGGCAAGGAGAAGGAGAAGGAGAAGGGAGGGAAGGGGAAGCAAGGGGGCAAGGACGCAGCAGGCAGCGCAGCAGCAGCAGCAGGGACCGCAGCAGCAGCGGCAGCGGCAGCUGCUGCAGCUGCAGCAGAGAAGGGCGAGUUGGGAGCAGACGACUUUGAGAAGUUUUUUGGAACGAGUGGCGAGGUGCCGGCCCCCACGGAGUGGAGUGCGCUGAGCAGCGCGCAGCUGGACCCGUACGGCGUGUUUGGCGAGCACCCGUGCCCCGACGCGGGCAACUACAUUCAGAUGCUCGCCGUGCAGCACCCGCCCUCCGAGGCCACCAUGACUCAUGCUGACGCCACUCGCCUGCUGCACUUCCGUGCCAUGGCAGCGCAGCUGGAGGAAGUGGAUCCAUCGCUGCUGUCACACAACGAGCGCCUGGCGUUCUGGAUCAACAUCUACAACGCCCUGCUGCUCUACCACCUCAACAGCCAGGAUUGCACGGCUAUGUUUCUCCACACCCACCCACCUUCACCACUUGCUUCCCCCCACUUUCUCCAAUCCGGCUCCAACCCUUCAACAACUGCCCCUCCCCCCGUCCCUCCCCUUCCCCUGCUCACCCUGUGGUGUGUGCAUGCUGCAUGGUGUGCAUGCGUGCAGAUCUACAUCGUCAUCCCUGUCCCCACUGACUUUGCUGACCGCAUUGCCCUCUUCAGCAAGGUGGGCUUCCUGAUAGGCGGCCAGCUCUACAGUGUGCUGCUCAUCGAGCACGCCGUGCUCAGGGCCUGCACACACAAGCCCUACAUUAUCCGCGCCCUACCCAGCACCACGUUCCGCCCGGACGAUGCGCGCUCGCUGUGUGCGCUCACCCGCGCCGAGCCCCUUGUUUCCUUCGCCCUCUGCUCCGGCACUCGCUCCUCGCCCUCCGUCAGUGCCCCCCUGCAACCCCAUUCCCCGCUGCUCUCGCUGCUCUGA